AUGCGCUCCAUCUUAUCUUUCAUCCUCACAUAUGGACUCCUCCUACCGCUAGCAGUCCUCUCGGCUCCAGCACCAGCCAACCCGACAACCACAAAGCCUUUCUCACCGCUCACUUCUCCAACGCGCCGUGCAUCCAGGCCAUCGCUCGCGCCUCUUGCUAUCCCGGAAAAGAAUAAAUCUCCGUCUCCGGACCACUGGACGCCCGGACCCAUCCCAAACAUCGGGGACGUCGUGGGCGUGCGACCCGGCGCUUAUGAGGGGAAGAGCGCCGCUAACAAAAAGGUGACUAUCCACCCUGGUGUCGUGAUCAGCGGCCCCCACCCCGAGACGGGCAAGUACCAGAUCGCGAUGAUCUCCAAAAAGCUCCCGCACAGCCCGCCGCGCGCCGACAUCCGCAAGUUCCACAAGCACACCACGCUCUAUGGGGACGUGUCGCUCGCCCCGCCUGUCGAGGUACACGCGAAGGACACGAAGAGCUGGAAGAGCAAGAAGACGGGCCACGUGGAGAAGCCGAUGGACAAGGAGGGGGUGGAGAGGUUGAAGGCGGCCAUGAAGCCACACGCUGGGUGGAAGAAACUACCAACGCCUCCGCCUCCCUCGCCCAAGCAGUCUAAAAAACGGCAACCACCCGCUCCUCACCCGAACUCAGGCAGGCGCCGGGGCGGGAUCGAAGUACACCCUGUCGCUGGUCCUUCACGGCCUCCGAGGCAGUCGAGGCCCCCGAAUAGGUCCGGUCCGUACCCCAACCAGAGGCAGAGACAGGAUAGUCAUCGGGGACGCAGCCCUGGACCACAAAGAGGGAGGAGUCCCAGUCCUGGACGGAAUCAGGGUAGGAGGCGGAGUCCUAGUCCGCACCAAGGCGGGCGUCAGCAGCACCCGCACCGGGGUCAGAGCCCGAAUCGGAACCACCAUAGUCGCGAUAGGAGCCGGGAGAGGCACGACCCGAAGGGAAAGGGAAAGGAAAGGGAGCGUAGGAAGCGAGAGAUUGUAUUCGGGGAUAAUUAUGGAUGGGAGGACUUGCAGAGGAGAGCGUUGAGGGAGAUGGAUGUGAAUGUAUAA